CAUGACAAGUUUUAUCCACUCCGGAGUUAUGGACAGGAAGAGAUGUCUCUGUGUCAUACUGGGUUGGUUUCAUUUUCUGGAUAUGAUCGAGACAGUGGUCUCAUGUGGAGGGGACAAUGAUUUUACAGAGAUCGAGAUGUGUGACGAAAGAGCUAGAUCAACAGAACCAGCAUCAAACUUCCACCUGUAUGCCGCACCGACGGGAAACGUACAGCGGUGUGACUGUAAUUUGACAAUGAUCGGUGAUGGAGGACUGGUCACAUUUACAAUCGUUGCCCUUUCUUCUACCUGUGGAGGAACAGUGACGGUUCCAGGUGGUUCGACAAGAAACUGUACAACGACAGUUUAUGAACACAAUUUUGUGCCUCAUGAUACUUAUGUGGUUUCGUUCACCUCCAACACUGCGGAUGUCAGUAAAUGCUUGAAGGUUCAGACAGGGAGUCCAGCAUCAACUAUAAGAACUGUAUGCAUUGGUACCCAUCGUACAACGACUACAAAUGUCUCCUACAGCGGUGAACCUGUAUCUGAAAAUACGCCGACGUCUCCAUUCACGACAGGAUCAAGCCUUAACGUCAAGCAGGAUACUUCUCUCCCUGUUGUUGAAAUCGCCGGCGGUGUUGGCGCUGGGCUGUUGAUGCUCCUUGUAUUCGUCGCUGUCGUUACUGUCUGUAGCCGCGGGCCUUCAAGUGAUCCGGAAAACAUCCCAAUACAUGAGCUCCAAGAUCUGGCAAAACGUCCUUCAGAACCAGCACAUGGACAAGUUGUGACUAUCACAUCGUCUGGAGACAACUACGACAUUGUUCAAGUACACACUGAUCCGUCGACCCAUAGCCUACCACACGGUUGUGCGAGCAGUAGUUCCUACACCAACGACCAUCUGGGUCGUCAGAAUCUGCUUCCCACACCUCGUGAUAACUACAACACAGUUACAUUCAAUUUACGUGCGGAUCCAUCACAGCAUAUCGUCUCAUAUACAUGCUGUAGCCAGAAAGGUGACCGUCACAGUUACGAACAUCUGCGUACGACAAGUCAGCGUCCCAAGUCUUGUACAGACAAUGGCACUGGUACAUUGCCAACAUCGCAUUAUGAGGUACCUGGACGUGAUAUCGAGAGUAUGAAUACUAAUAACUACAGCUGUCUGCGUAGAACAAGUCAGCGUCCCGAGUCUAGUGUGGAAUAUGACACGAUGGCUUCAGCAGCCAUGUUUCUGGAUGAAAUGCAGUCCGUGUACAACUAUGAUCACCUGAAGACGAGGACGGGAACAGCUAGGGAUCUUGGUGCCGUUGCACAGAGCGAUAUCAGCGCUAAGGUUAUCGGAACUGCCAUACCUUAAGAUAGACUUACGGUAGUCGUACCCCUCAGUUUGUUUUGUACAACAGCACCCUGGAGCAAGCGACUGCGACAUUGCAUGCCCAAUCAUGACAGAGUGUAAUUCACAAAGCGGACGUCGCGCUAGGAUUGCUGUCGGGGUACGACAAAGUCAACCAAACUGACCGAUCAUAACCAUCCGAUCCACUUCCUCGCCACAUACAACCGUUGGGUUACUGAGGACCUAUAAUAGCCCGGAAUCCCUACGGGGGCACCCUGUUUAUUGUGACACCUAAACAUUGAUCACAGAAUGUAGAACUUAUAGUGCUACCUAACCCGAGUUAACCCUGGGUAUUUUGAAUCAUUCAGUAUUAUAGCUAAAAUGGAUAGAAUUAUCAUUAAACCGCCCGCACGUUAUCAGAAAUGAGCGGGCCACUGUAAUUUGAUAAUGCCCUCAUAGUGCUUGACGACGGGACAUUAUCAAGCCCGUUAGGUGACGUCAUAGGGUAGAGAA